GUUCAAAGCAUUGACGUGUUUUUGCAUGAAACUUGUUUAUGCGUCCAGAUAUUGUUAUUCCUAUUCCCGGUGUCCAAUAUAAUGAAAUAUUUAUUAUAUUAAAAUAAAUUAAGUUAGACAACUGAAAGAAAAUGGAACGUAACGUGCUUCAUAGCAGCAUACUUAGUGGGGCUUUCAGUAUUAUUUUCCAGGUUCUGUGUCGCAUUCUAACUUUUGCUAUAAAUGCUUUCAUUGUACGGAAUGUUGGACGUGAUGUGUUGGGCAUUAUGAACGUACGUUUACUUCUGUUGGAAAGUACUUUACUGUUUUUAUCCAGAGAAGCUUUUAACAGAGCAGGACUUAGUGCCACUACUCAGCAACGUAGCAAAUGCUCAUGGGCCCAGUUAAUAAAUCAAAUGUGGCUCACGGCACCGACAUGUAUAGUUAUAUCCAUUCCUUGCGUAUACACUUGGUUGCAUCUGUUGUCACCCGUAGAGGAGCAAUACAAAGUGCAAUACCAAUUUGGUUGCUAUGCAAUGGCUUUGUCAUGUAUUGUUGAAUUAUGUGCCGAAGCCCCUAGUUUUGUGACACAAGUGUUUUGUUUUGUACGAGUACGAAUUGUCUUGAAUACUCUACAUAUAUUGGUACGUUCAGCUGUUUUUCUCUGGAUUGUGAUAAAUGACAAAAACGUCGCAAUUAAUGCUUUUGCUAUAGCUCAGCUAAUGAGCACUGCAACAAUAAUAUUUGGAAACUACGGCUUCUUUUAUUUCUAUAUUCGACGACUUAAUCAACAUAAAGGACAAAGUGAUAUGAAAGAUUUUCCCUUUAAAAAAUUAACCGAGUUUUUCCCUGGAGUGAUGAAGAAUGAAGAUAAAUUCUUCAACUCAGAAUUGCAGAUUCUCACCUUAAGCUUUGUUAAGCAGGGCGUACUAAAGCAAAUCUUAACUGAAGGUGAGAAAUAUGUUAUGUCUGUAAGCCCAGUACUGAAUUUUAGUGAACAAGCUACAUAUGAUGUGGUAAAUAAUUUGGGAAGCUUGGCGGCACGUUUUAUUUUUAGACCUAUUGAAGAAAGUAGUUAUUUUUUCUUUACCCAAACUAUUGCUCGUGACGUCGAUUUGUAUAAACAAAAACGGGAAAGCGUUGUGCAAGCAGCAAAUGUUUUACAUAAUUUAUCGUUAGCAGUUACAUCGAUUGGACUAUUAGCCUUAACAUUUGGUCAAAGCUAUUCUCAUACAUUACUUCUACUCUAUGGCGGUGCUGAUUUUGUUGCCGGCGGACUUCCAGAAAAAUUGUUACAGUGGCAUUGCUUAGCUAUAUAUUUCUUAGCUAUAAACGGCAUAACAGAGGGAUAUAUGUUUGCAACGAAUACAAGCAGAGAUAUCGACAAAUAUAAUUACUUAAUGGCUAUAUUCUCCGUUAGUUUUCUAAUACUCUCUUACAUUUUGACAAGCUUCUUAGGUCCGGUUGGAUUUAUAUUCGCCAAUUGCGUAAACAUGUUUUGUAGAAUAUGCUACAGCACCCACUUUAUAUAUCGACAAUAUCAGCCAACAGAUUUAAUGCCGCUGAAAGGCUUAUUGCCUGGUAAAUGGUUUAUCUUCACGCUUCUAAUUUCUGGUUUGUUUUGUAAAUACGUAUCGUCAUCAUCAAUUCUAAUACAUCUAUUGUAUGGAUUUUUGAGUGUUUUUUGUUGCUUGCUCGUUUGGACUAUGGAAAACCGUGAGCUGGUUAAAUUAGGAUGGCGAUAUGGGCAACGAAUUAAAAAUGAUUGAAAAAAGCGCAUAGUUUGCACUUAUCAAGUUAGCACAAUAUUUCUAUAAAUAAAUUAUUAAAAUAAAAAGGAACGGAAUCCAUAUCCAGUCACUUCAAGAGCAGAAGAAAUUGAUA